UGCCCCCCCCCCCCCCCCCGCCCCGCCCCGUGCGCCGCCGCCAUGGCAGCCGCGACGACCUCGCUGCUCCUGGAGGCCACCCCGCGCCUCCUCUCGCUGCCGCCGCGGCGGCCUGUGCAGCCCCGUGGUGGCAUCUUCCUCCUCAAGCCGCCGCCGCCGCCGCCUUUCCCCUCCCGCCGCGGGGUGGCAGUGGCGGUGGCACCGCCCCUCCGCGCCUCCCACCCGGACACGGCGCGCCGGGUGUCCGUGUCCCCCGCGGCGGUGGAGCCGCCGCCCAAGCCCCGCGCGCUGCUCGACGCGAUCAAGAGGUCCCUCCUCGACUCGCUCGCGGCGCUCAAGAAGCCCGCGCUGGCGCUGCUCCUCGCCGGGGCGCUGCUCGCGGCAGCGGGGCCACACCACGGCGCCGCGCUGGCGGCAUCGGGCGGCCGCGUCGGCGGGUCGGCGUUCUCGUCGCGGUCGUCGUCGCCGCCGUCGUCCUACGGGUACACCGCGCCGGCGCCGAGGGGCGGGUACUCGGCCGCGCCCUUCUACUCGCCCUCGCCGUUCGUGUCCGUCGGCCCGGCGGUCGGCAUCGGGUUCGGGGGAUCCAGCUUCUUUUUCGUCCUUAUGGGGUUCGCCGCGUUCCUUUACCUCGCCGGGUUCCUCUCCGAUUCCUCCGGCGGUAGCGUGCUCACCGAGACGGACAAGACCACCGUUCUCAAGCUGCAGGUUGGUUUGCUGGGCAUGGCCAGAUCAUUUCAGAAAGAGCUUGAUCAGAUAGCUGAGAAGGCAGAUACUUCUACCCCGGCAGGGCUGAGCUAUGUGCUAACUGAGACAACAUUGGCAUUACUUCGGCAUCCAGAUUGCUGCAUCUCAGCUUACUCAUCAGUUGAUGUGAAAAGAAGUAUAGAUGAUGGGGAGAAACGUUUUAAUCAACUAUCAAUUGAGGAAAGAGGCAAAUUUGAUGAAGAGACACUUGUGAAUGUGAACAGCAUCAAGAGGCAGAAAGCAGGCAGCCAAAGAUCGAGCGGUUUUAGCAACGAGUACAUUGUGAUAACCAUAUUGGUUGCUGCUGAGGGUGUACAUAAGCUACCCAGUAUAAAUGGCAGCGGUGACUUGAAGACAGCUCUACAGAAGCUUGGUGCCAUACCAUCAAGAAAAAUACUGGCAGUUGAGGUACUAUGGACUCCACAAAAUGAGAAUGACACAUUGUCAGAACGAGAGCUGCUCGAAGAUUACCCGCUUUUAAGACCCCUAUGAAGGAUGCAUUUUAGAUUCAUUUUUGCCGUAUUUCAGCUUAUUAACUAUAGCUCAGGUUGUGUUGUAAAGAUAGGUAACGUAAAAAAAAUUGGCCUACAUCAUUCUCGCAACACAAUUGUACGGUAGUCUUUCCUGACAGUCUUUGUAAAUAGAAUGCCGACACAUAGUUGAAUACCAAUUCUGCUCGGUGCAUCCGCCUUCAUGGAUAUGGUACUUGAAUCUGUCACGCAAUGUUGCAUU